AAAAACUUGGAGUAUCAGAUCGAACAGUUUGUCAGUUCCGGUGGCCAGACAGUUAAUAUCCUUCUGAGUGGCAAGACAGGAGUUGGCAAGUCUUAUUUGACAAAUGCACUCAUUGGAGAAAGCCUUGCGGUAGAAGGAUUUGACAUCAACCCACAAACUAACGACGUAAGCCACUUUAAUAUUGACAUUUACUUUACCUUUUAAACUAAUAUAUAGAUUAAGCCAAGCCUAAAAGUGGAGUUACUGUUAGUUUAUUUUCCAGCCCUUCACUAUGAUUAAAACUGUAACAAAACUCUUCAGCACUGGCUGUGGAAGAGUUUCCUCAAGGGGAUUCAGGGACCAGUCCGGGAGGUGGAGAGGGAAGAAUUGACGAGGUCUGGAAACUGGGGACGACGUUCUCACAAAUUGCAAAGCGAUCAACACGCAUAGCAUGUUAGUGAGCGGUGUCUUCAAGCAACUGAGAACCUUUGUUGUUGCUUCUGAGUUUUUGAUAAAAUUUUCGAAGAUAGGGAAUGUUUUCGUCUUCAGGUAAAGUCUAUGAUGUCAGCGUCAGUUGAAAUUAUAUUCUAUUGAACGUGACUUAUAAUUUCGGUGCGGGAAAAUGAGUCGAAAUUGAAAGAAAUUAAGGACAGUAAACUACUUCGCGUUAAUUAAGACAUUACUAGUCGACUGAAGAACACUUUGAGUCAGUAAAACAGUGCGCCAGAAUCGUAUGGGCUUCUCUUAAAUCUUCUCUUGAAGUUGUCAGGUAUGACUGCUUGCCCCAACGUUUUUCCCUAACGUUUCAACCUCCUCUGUUUAGCGUAGAAAAUUAAAAAAAAAGUAAUUUCCAACUCGUGUUUGAACCUUUAUUUUUCUAAACCUUUUCUCUUUUGGCUAUUCUUGUUCAAUGACUGUCCUCUGGCUGGAUAUACACGGCGUUGAGAAGUUUUAAAUGGUAUUUUCUCAUGUUUGCAAAUAAUUGAAUUUACUGGAAGGUGGAGUUUUGCAACAUGUUAACAUGAAACGCAACUAUAAACUUUAUUGAUAUGUAAAAGGUUUUCAUUUGACUAUCUACUGGUAGGUCUUUGUAUUACAUUUCAACCCAACCAUAUUCCACAACUUUUAAACACUAUUUCAAAAUAAUUCGUUAUAAAUUAAAUGGAAAAUGUGUGGCAUAUACACCAUGUUUGAAAUGACAUGUCCAUAAUACGCUAACAGGAUAGAGGGUGUAUGUGGGAAUAGGCUCUCUUGUCGGUAUCAUUUAUUUGCUAAUCACUCCUGUUGGCAAUGUUUUGAUGAGGUUGGGCUGUCAGGGCAAAGGAACUGAGGAUUUUAGUAGGCAGUGCCUUUUUUCAAACCUGGAAACUAUAAUUGUGAAAGCCAUACUUGUGCUUGGUAACUCAUUCUUAUUCCAAUAAACUGGUUUUAAGAAGGAUACAAUAUUUUAUUACAUAAAUUUAAUGUAUAGGCUGUGCACAAAACUUUUAUUUGACUAUACUUUUUUAUAACCAAUACCAAUCCCUACACACAAUAAAAUGUUAGGAGGAUCAGAGAAAAAAAAAUAAUGUGCCAUACUUCUGCAAGAUUUCAUGAAAUUGUUUAAAUUACAUGAAUAUUUACUGAUAUGAGGGAUCUGAGAAUAUUCAAAAGAAAAUAAAAUUUGGUUGAAGAAUUAGAAUUCAGCAUGGGCCAGAUAAACACGAUUCUUAGAAAAAGGAAUAUUUACUAAUGAAAAAGCUAAGCAAACUUUUUUACAACACCUGCCUGUACCUGUACAGCACAUAGUAAAGUCAUUUGAAGUAGGCAUAAUCCUGGUUUUAUAUGUUCAAAACACACACAAUGCAGAUUUCUUAUAAACCUUUAUUUCGAGCCUACAAUGUCUUUGAAAUUUUUAUGCACACCUCAAAAAGAGAACAAACAAAUUUCAAGUUUCUAUUUACUCAGUCUAGUUUAGUGAGGUAAAAUUGAGUCAAACAUUAACAUGACGACAGGUUCAAGAAAUUGUCACCACUAAUUUAUGAGGUUAGCCUAUCUGGAACAAUCAACUUCAUAUACAAAUUAGAUUAGGUUUGUACUGAUAAUGCACAAAAGAACUAUCUUUGGUAAAAGGGCAGGCUUUCCUUUCUUCAUUUAAAGAAAUACUCCUGCUAUCAUCUUCCACAAGCUUGGGGGAAAGUGACAGAAUGAGACUGAUAGUGACUAUGUUAUUUGAAUAGAUAUCCAGAGGAGGAUAAAAAGUAAGAUGUGGUCUGCAUAACUCUCUUAGUGUAAGUUUUUAACUUUGCAUGUUGAUGCCAAUUAACUAACUUUCAUGGAUCAAAAUACAAAAAAUGUUCUCUUCAUUUAUGUGCCCUAAAACAUUACAGGGGAGGAGGCAGGUCAUAGCAAAAACAUGAAUUAAUAAAGGAUCAAGGAUCCCCUAUUAAUUUCAGUCCUAAUUAAAGGAGGAUCCUCGCUUUUCCAGAUCCCCACCCUUUAGAACUCACAUAUCUUGUGACCAAUUCUUUAUAUCAAUGUCGAGUUUGGGUAUGAACAUUGGUAAGAAACACAUACAUUAAUGAAAGCUUGAGCAAGAGUAUUUAAUGCAAUCUAAAUAAUAAUAUUGCAUGUUACAAUGUGGUAACUUACAAAGCAAAAUUAUAUAAUCACACAAUUCCAAACAAAAGAAGUCAGGUUAUUGACUCACCUGCUUCAACUUUUGAGGGCUUAAGGUACAAGGAAAUAGAUAUGGUAAACAGUAACAAUUAUUACAAGGUUGAAAGUUUGAAAGCUAAAAGAUAAACAUUACAAUCAUCAGACCCUAUGCAUCUUGGCAAAAAAACGGCCAAUUACCACCCUAACUUCUCCUAAACAUUCAUGCUUAUAGGAAAUCAUUCAUUUUUGUCACUAGAUGGUACUCUACUUACAAUAGUUCUACUGACACAAAUGCAUUUUUCUAAAGUUAUCUCAUGGUGUAUGACCGUACAGGUCAUGUGGAAGGUUCCUGCACGGGAACUAACAUUCCAAUUACCUCAGCAAACUGUAAUCAUCAGAACUGCAAGCCAAGGUGUAUCUACCAAGUGCUUAAGUUUCCAAAUUAGUCGCCUAAUUGUAACAGUGGAGUUCACUCCUUUUUGAGGCUAUCUUCAGCUUGAUCAUCCUGUUACAUAUGAAAACAUUUGCAUAUUCAAAUAAUUACCUGAAUCAAAAGUUAUAAUUUAUUUAAUAACCAGCUACCUUUAAUUGUGCUCCAGAAAUGGUAAAUGGUAUUGAAAAGAAAGGAAGAUUAAGUUCUUGAAACAUUCUAUGUUAAAUGAAACUUUGUUAUGAAUGUUAAUUGUGACAGCAACAAAAACAUCUGUGAAGCUACAAUAACAAUAAGCUUUCUGGGUAAACAAACCAUAAUGAAGCAUGAUAUGAAUAAAUUUAAUCUCACCCAGUUUGAAUGUAGAAUCCAAAAUCUAAUUAACUUGCUGGUGAAUAGGAAAGCUCAAUGGGUUUUCCUUCUUCUGUCAUUCUAAAUAUCACAAAUCGGUCAUGCCACCACUUCAGUGUGAUAUUUUAUGAUGUGUACUUUUUCUUAUGGUCAUCUAUUUUAGGAUCUAUCUUUUACCAGCUGACAUCUGAGAAGAAUCAAGUCCACACUGGUAAUUUGACACAUUACAAACUCUACAACUGAUUAAUUUUUAUUUGAUUAAAAACAUGGGCAUUAGAGGAAAUUAGCUAGCACAAUUCAAGCUUCCCUUCCUAAGUAUUCUGUGAUAUUUUUAUCUUAUGGUAAAGUUUACAGUUUCCAUCAUUUCACUGUCUUCUGUUCAAUCAUUUGUUUGCUUUCCUAACAAUCACAAAUGUGAGGAGCAUAUGAAAAGUGUACAGUUAAUAACACUUUAAUCCCUGAGAGUGACUAACAUCUAAUUUCUCUUUUCAAUAUCACCCUGAAUCAAACAUUAAGGUCAUGAGAAUAAAAGAAAUGAUAAUCAACUGAAGAACCUCUUGAUUGUUAAAAAAAUUCUCCUUGCCAGCACAUUAAUUAUAAAAUGUAUAGAGUACAGUAUGGAGACUAUGCACUGAUGUUAGGGUGUAAAGGGUUUAAGACAUCAUGCGAUCAGUUUUAUCUAUGAAGAGUAUUGCUUGAAUAAAUGAUUGUGGUAAGUGAAAGUGCAUAUUAAACAUCAUUCUAUGGUCUUCUACUCUUCCACCUUAAUUGGAUGGUGCCAUGUGUACAAAAAAUUGAAGUUCAGUGCUUAACCCUUUAACUCCCAUUAGAUCUCUAGAUUAAUUCUCCUUACUGUCUGCCAAAUGAUUCUCAUUAUGUUAGUGUGGAGAAUUUGGUAUCAGAUCAAUUAGUAAUCCCAUAAUUGAUAUAUUCUUUCUUUAUUUGCAUCACUUGUCUGCAUGAUAUUGUAAAGAUAUAGUAAGGGGAAAUUCUGUCUUGGUCACUCACAGGAGUUGAAAGGUUAAGUAGCUUUUUUGGCUCCAAAUAUCAACAAAGAACAACAGUCACACCAAAAAUAUUUUUAAAAGACACCUCUACAAUGGUGGGUACACACAACUGACAUGUAUGAGUGAAGCAUGUGAAGCAUUAAGGUAUAAUUGUCAAUUUACUUUUCAUUACUUGCCAACAACUUAUUUCUAUCAGCUUUGAAAAUUUCUGUAUCCCCAUUUUUACAGAAAAGCAUUUUCUAUGAACAUUUAAACACUGAAGAUAAGCUACCAGCAACAGGUUUUUCCAAUGUAAGUAUUUCAUAACAUCAGAUUCUCAUCACAUUUUUUUUUUACAUUUGAAAGCAUAAGAAUAUUUUAAGUGACUUAGACAGAAUUUCUCCUCACACUAUCAGUACAGUAAGAAGCAGGCAAGUAAUGAGAAUAAAGAAAAAUAUCAAUAAGGGGAUAACUGGUUGAUCCAAUUCCAAAUUCUCAGAACUAACAUCACAUUAAUUGUAUGGCAGAUAGUAUGGAGAAUUACUAAUGAAAUCUUGGGAGUUAAAGGGCUAAGACACUCAGUAAUCAUAUGUACCAGAAAGACAGUGAAGAAAUAUAACAUUAUGCUCCAGUAAAGUGUUCUUAUGUGGUAUAUAGUUUCAAACUCAUUGAAAUUAAGUUGACUUCAUGAUUCAGAUUUUAGUUAAAGAAAUAUGUAACAUCUCUUUACAAGGAUGAAAAGGGAAUGCCAUUCCUGAAUUUUAAAAUAGUAAAUGCCAAAAACUUAAAGCUGAAUUUAAAAAAACUACUGAAUUAUGGCAUAUCAGUUCAGUGAAAUUUUAAUUAUUAGCUGGCUCACAGAGAUAUAAAAGAGGCUUUGUGAAAAAAAAAACCAGGGCAAUAAAAUUAAAGAUUCAGAAGAAGCAUAUAACAUUAACUAAUUUACUGAUGUUCUCACCUGAAUUCUGUACGGAUACUGAUAUUCAGUAUUUAUCUUCUCACACUUGAAUUAAAACAAAAAAUUUAAUUAUUUGCAGGCAGGUUAAGGAGGAAAUUAAGGGAAUAGAUAUAUGUUACACAAAAAGAAACUGCUACCAUAAAAUAGAGCAGAAGCAUAUUACUUACAUAUCUAUGCUUCUGAAUACAGCUAUAAUAAGAAUUUUUUUAAAGCAAUUAUCGACAUUUAGAAACUGGGUGUAAUAUACUGUCGUAAAAGCGAUUUUAUUCUAACCUUCCUCCUUAAAGGCUGCCUUGUGUAUCAAAUAUAUCAAGUUCAGUACCUCCAGGGGUAUAAGCCGGGCUUUUGGAGCUACAAAAUAAUAAAAUAAUUAAUAAAGUAUGCUAUGCCAAUUUAUCGAGAGGCAAUGAAGUAUAGUUCCUUGAAAUCGAAUGGAAAGUUUAAAAUGUGCUUGACUUGUGCUACAUAUACGUAUUAAUCGUUCUUAAUUACUGAUUAAAUUCCUUGGGUUUGACUCAAUCAAUUCAAGAGAAAACAUCUAGGCAGGUUAGAGAAAUGGUUCACGAAUUGUGGAAAAUGUGUUAACAGAACUUCCCAAAAUUAUAGAGCCGAUACGAAUUUAUCGUUCAUUAGCACUUAUGAAAUUCCGAGAUUGUACCUCAAUGAAUUCAGCAGAAAAUAUCCAGGAAGGUUACAGAAACGGACUCCUAAAAACUGCUCCUGAAUUCGAAAAAUGUAGCAAUUAUUUACGCCAACCAUAUGCAUGUGCUUUUCACUCAAAACCCUCUCUCCACUCACUUGAAUUAUAACAAUUUCCUUUGGUUGACAAAGCUCUGCCGGUAUUGUUGCUCUGCGAGUUGAUUAGAGAUUGCAAAAUACUAAGAAUUACUGUUCAACUACAAUCUCACUAGUUUGAUUUCCUGCUCAAAACGCGGGUUGCAAAUUAUUUCCUUACGCGGCUUCACAUCUACUAGCCCACGUGAAGCCCUCGUGUGGUGCCUAACCGUGUGUCCCCGGUGCACUAAACUAAAGUACUCGAAUAUGAGCACUUCAUUGUCAUCUGCUGGUGUCUCCUAGCGCACACUAAUGGGGUAUCCAUGUUACGCACGCAAUCGUGCCUGCGAAUUACCUUCUCCUUCGCCCUUCCAUUACGUAAUGGCCAAGAUAGUGCCCGCAGUACAGUUGGCGCGCAUGCUAAAAGUAGCGCCUUGUACGGACGCCCGUACAUUCGUAAGUCCAGACUUUAUCGGCUUGAUGGGUUACUACUAUUUCGUAUGAUUAUAGGGGCUAUGCUACAUACGCAGGCUGCGAACUUCGCUAUUAUGAGGUGCUUUCAUUAACGGGUUACUGUGUAUUACUUGUAGAUAGGAAAAGGAAUAAUAUUUCGCGUCCUUCUCGGCAUGUCUAAAUUCCAUUUGUACCCAUUUUCUUCCGGAAAGUCCCAUCUUUGAUACUUAAAAUCAAGAAAGAAUUAUGGAAUGUUUCUAUAGGUUUUAGGUAAAAAGGUUGCUCGAAGAAUAAGUAAAAACCAGUUUCCAAGACAGACAGGGCUUUCUUACGAAUAAGACGUUUUCAUGUAAUUUUCUCCCGCAACUGAGGUAACAUACCAAGACAUAUCAUAAUGAAAUCUCUGUUAGAGUUAAAUGUUGUAUUAAUUUCCUGUUUUAUGUCCUUUAGGUAAAUGCUUACGAGGUUGUCAAAAACGGCGUGACUAUCACAGUGUUCGACACUCCAGGACUUGCAGACGCAACCGGCAAUGAUGAAGAAUAUCUGCGGAAAAUCAAGGAGAAAGUAACCCACUUCGACCUGUUUCUGUUCUGCAUUGAGAUGACCACUAAGCGAUUCCGCACCGACGACUUGGAAACGAUAAAGAAGCUUACAGAAGCCUUGGGGAGAAAACUUUGGGAACAUGCUCUGGUGGUUUUAACCUUCGCCAACGAAGUCCCUCUAUCUCCAACCAAGAAGACGGCUGACGUACCCGAAGUAACCGUUUUCAAUGACCGCUUCUUAGCUUUCAAGAGAACGAUAAAGAAACAUUUGUUUGAUAUAGGAGUAGCUGAAAUCACAGUGACUAAUCUGCCAUUUACGCCGGCCGGAGAGUUGGAUGACCCAAGACUUCCAGAUAGAGAAGACUGGUUGACAGCAUUUUGGAUCGCAGCUUUCAAACGUAUCAACAGGAACGCAAAAGCUGCUUUCCUGAUGGCAAAUGUCGAUCGUAUUUUAUUUUCCUCCACCAUUGGCGAGGGAAACGAAGAAAGCAAAGUAUCCAUCGAAGAAAAUAAUGCAAUUACAGAAUUAAGAGCAAAAUUGAAAGAGAACGCCUUUGACGAAGAGUUGAGCCGCUGUUUGAAGAAAACUGAGACGUCCGAUGAACCUGAAGAAGAUUGUCCCACAUCACCUGGUCAAGGUGCGAAGGUGUCAGGCCCCUCCAUCAAGGUGGACGAAACGUGCUCUGAAGGCCUUUUUAAGGAUAUGUUUGGCGAUGUAACAGGGAACCUCAUCGGUGCGCUGACCGGUGCUAAGUUUGGUAGAAAGUACCAAACAUUCUUCGGCUGGUUUACGAAGUAUUUUAAGAAGUUUUUC